CCUGGAAGUCACAUGCUCCGCGGCCGGAUGAUGGCGGGCGCUGCUGAAGAUUCGCGAGUGCUCUUCGGGGUUGCUGUCCGCGCGGCGCUGGAGGCCUGGCCCGCCUUGCAGAUCGCUGUGGAGAACGGCUUCGGGGGUGUGCACAGCCAGGAGAAGGCUGAGUGGCUGGGGGGUGCAGUGGAGGAGUACUUCUUCCGCAAUGCUGACUUGGAGCUAGAUGAGGUGGAGGACUUCCUCGGGGAGCUAAUGACAAACGAGUUUGAUACGGUUGUGGAGGAUGGGAGUCUGCCCCAGGUGAGCCAGCAGCUACAGACCAUGUUCCACCACUUCCAGAGGGGUGAUAGGGCUGCUCUGAAGGAGGUGGCCUCUCUCAUCACCCAAAGAAAGUGCAAGGUCACAGCCACCGCACUGACGACAGCCAGAGAGACUGAUGAGGAGGAGGAUGCAAACAGCGCGGAGGAGAUGGAGGUCGCAGCUACGAAUGAUGGGGCAGCUACAGAUGGGGUCUGCCCCCAGCCUGGUCCAGACUCCCAGACUAUUAAGGAAGAGGAGAUAGUGGAGGAUGGCUGGACCAUUGUCCGGAGAAGGAAAUGAGUGGGGCUGCAAAUGGUCUGGGUCCUUGUUUGCUAGUUGUUUGGGGCUUGUCUGUAGGGGUUUUUUGGAGGGUCAUGGACCUCUGGACUGGUUACCCCAUCUCCACCCUCUCCCAUUCCCCUGUCCAGCUCCUUCCAGGGGAAGAAGAGCCCAAGGCUCUUUGGUCUUGGGGUGGUCUGAGUGAUGAGGCCUGGUUUCCCAGCAGAGUGCCACUUGGGUGCAGUCAGUGUGAAGAGGGAGGGAUGAGUGGGUAUGGGAGUGACUAGAGGAAAAACUAAACGCUGGCUGGUAGUAGGCAGGUGGAUGUGUGAAGGGAGAGGACCAACAGGAGAACCAUCAUUCCCGCUGGGUAAGGAAUGUUGAGAUGAGCUUGCUCAUGGAAGAGAGGUUAGUUGAUGAUGUGAACGGAAGUAGCUGUGGUACCUCUCCCUCGCUUCCCCCUGCCCCCACACAGAGCAGCUCUGUGCCCCUGCCCAGAAAUUGGAACCUCCCAGGAACGUUUCCUUCCUGCAGGCCAGUGUCCAGCCCCGGGCUCCUUCAGGAUGUCUUAAGACCUUGUCUAGGCAGUGAGCUCGGGGGACCUGGGCUUUGUUUUCUGUCUCCUUCAACCUCUUUUCAAACUCCUCAUCCCAUUGAAGUCCAGGGAUGAGGCUUAAGACCUCAGUAAAUAAUACCUUAUUGUUUAAUUUGUGGCUUGACCUGUGAGUAGUCUUGGGAUCAGCCUCCUGGGAGCUGAGCUUCAGGGCUCAGCAAGGGAACAGUUUCUGGGCCCACCCCAGCAGCCUGGUACUUUGGACAAACAAACACAUGGACGAAUGGAGCACAGCAGCGCUCUGAGCGUUUCCGUAAGCCUGAAAUAAACUGUAUUUUUCUUUAAAAAACAAAA